ACAAAGCCAAGCGGGCGAUAUAAUCCUUCUUCAACAUCCAACACGAUCCAUCCUCCUCCUCGUCAUUUCAUUUGUUCUCCUUUCUUCGAUUGUUUCAAAAAUUAAGUGAACAAUGGUGGACUGACACCACACUUCCGCCAUCAUCGUCAGGUCACACAAUAAAUGGGGACACUGGCAGCCGCCUCUUUGGCAGCUUCUUCGUCCUCCUCCUCGACAGAAUCGACCUCGACACCGCCCGGUCAUCACCUUCCCGGCAUUCUGUCCAGAUUGGACUUGGACGUGGACAUUGUGCAAGUUAAUCUUGACGUGGAUGAUGACGACAAUAACUGUGAAGGACAAGUAGUCCAACAAUUCCACCAUCAGCGGCAUCAGAAGAGGAGGAAAGGGAACAAUAAUAGUGCCGUAAAUUUAGUAAAUGACGAGGUGGGGCGGAAACGAAGAGAAUUGUCAAUUAUCGAUAGAAUUGUGGGCGAAGAAACUGACGGGGUUGUUGUGAAGAAUAAGAAGGCGAGAUUCUCAUCUGUCUUAUCUGAGGAAGAGGAAGAAGCCGAGCAGUUUGCGCCAGGGAAGACGAAUUUUGCAUAUGUUAGUUUGCCAGCGGCUUCACCAUCUCCACGCCCAGUUAAUAAUAUGGUGAAUGUACAACAUCAUAAUAUGGUGCAGAAUGGGGGGUUGGCUCCUAAGCAGAUGAGGACGCUGUCGCCCAUCCAGCAGUAUGUUUCGGAUGGGAGAAGUAGGGGGAGGGGAGGAGGAGGAGGAUCAGGUAUUCAGGGUGGUAGUAGGACGGCCAUCAAUCAAAGUAUCUCAACAUCAUUUUCAUCCAUCGGGGAAAUGGCUUCUUUCUUUAUGGCAAAGGAGGUAUCCGGUCCUGUGCCAGCCAUCCGGAGAAGAAAAUCCAUCGAACCUGUACCUCGACGUAGAUCUGCUCCUUCGUCAUCUCCCAUUGUGACUGUGACCCCUGUCCGGCACUCUGCCAAUGACGGGUCUCUCGGAGAACGGGACGGCGUUGUGCUUGUGGAGGGGAUGAUGCAGCCCGGAAAGAAGAAUCAUAACAAGAUUAAACGCCCCCUCAAUGCGUUCAUGGUAUGGAGCAAGCUGCAAAGGCGCAAAAUUAUGGAUGAUGAUUCUACAGUGCAUCAUUCCGUCAUUAGUAAACAAUUGGGUGCUGGCUGGAAAGCUUUGUCGGAGGAGGAACGGCGACCAUUUUAUGAAGAAGCUCAGAGGCUAGGAAAACUGCACAACCAUCUUUACCCCGAUUACAAGUAUCGUCCAAGAAGACGCCAGAAUUUAACUUCUUCCGUCACUGCUACCACCACCACAAGCACGCCUCAUUUGCUGUCUUCAGCUUCAUCCUCAUUUACCUACGGCGGGUCGCACCAUAGUGGAAGACCUGCUUCUGCAUCGCCACCAUUUGCCAGUAAAAGCACUUGUUUCAUUCCAUCCAUCAGUCAGGAUGGGUCUCUAGACCUGUCGAUGAAAAGUGGACAAUCACAUUCUAGUGAUGAGGGAAACCUCGUCGAAGUCACGCCCACGAUUUACCAUGAUGACGGAGAUGAGCACGACGAUGAAGAGUAUGACGAAGUUGAACUUCCGCUGGAUAUGUCCUGCUCAUCUAGAUCAGAAUCAGAGUCGAAGAAGAGUUGGUCUGUUGUUCAAGACGAGUCGGGUGAUGAUAACAAUCCCGACGAAGAAGAUGAAGAUCGUUUAAUCAUUGACGAAUCUUGACUGGAUUUUUCCUCACCAUUCUCAUUUUUCCUCCAAAUUUCAAAUUUAAAAGACGAAAAUUCAUGCCUUACCAAAUAGACUUUGUCUCCCUAGUACAGAUUUCAAUAAGUAAUUUAUACAGAAAAGUUCAAGUGCAUUAAUAUCGUGCUAACACAUUUAGUCAGUACACACACCUCACGUAAUAGUAGAAUAGACUGCAUGCAUGCAUGUAAAAAAGAAGAGCAUGAUUUGAUUUCUAAUCACGACACCAAAUAGCUUGAAAUUUUAAAGCAUUAAAUAAUUAAUUCAACCAAACUAAAUGUACCAAGAAAAGUCCAGAGAAACUAUAAAUUAAAUUAAUGAAAUGAUAAUGAUCCUGAUAAAACGAGAUGAUUUAUGUAUCUGACUGUGACCGUGUUCAAAUAACCAAACCAAUGCGUAGCCUGUGUAUGUAAUGAUUAAGUAUAAUGAUAAUAUUUUUUUUUGUUUUUUUUUCCGUUUUUUUAACCCACUACAUAUUGUGAGUUAAAUCAUUACAAAACAUUUCGUAGUUCUUAGAAUUGAAGCCUUUACAGAAUAAUACUAUAGUUUUCUAUGCCCUGUUAACCACUGUUAUCCCUCUCCAGUAAUUAGUUAGUAUACACUGACGACUCUGACAAGUCGAAAUAAAGUUGUUAUAUAUUUAUA